AGUUGCGCGUUCUCCAUUAAGAAUGAGCGCAUUGCAGAUCCUCGCGAAGAGAAGGAUUUUCCUAAACUUCAUCUGAUCCUCUAAUAAUAAUAUGGACAGACAUAAACUGAAACAUUUCUACCCAAUCCCACUCCAGUUAUGGCACAGAUGUCACAGUUGUUCUUGAAGUGACAACUCUUUUCAAAAAUCGAUAAGAGAAAUCAAAAUGGGAAAGUUGCAAUCGAAACAUGCAUUUAAACGGAGAGAAAAUCCAGAAGGAGGUGCUUUCAAGGAGGCAGUUGACUGUAUUGACGAAGUACACAGAAACGGAGACAAGCAGGGUUCUAUCCAGGUGUUUGGUGACCGGAAGUGUGAGGAAACAAAGCCAGGCACUGUUCUGAACUGUUCUGAGGGCACAGACAGCAGUGAUCUAUGUGGAAGAGAUCCAAAAAAAGAUCAUAACUGUUCACUGGAGGUAACACUGCUACCAGACAGAGUAACGGAGAGUCACAAACCUUUCCUUUGUUCUCCUGAAAAUGAAAGACAGCAUCUACUCAAAGAUCCACCGGGGAGAAAUGGAAAGAGUAAUGAUGUGGAGUGUAUUAUGUCUAUGGAUGAUAAUCAUCAUGAGUGGAUGAUCACAUUGUACGAUUUUGACAGCAACGGCAAAGUGACCAAAGAGAAUAUGUUGAGCUUGAUGCAUGCGAUCUAUGAGGUGGUGGAGAUGUCAGUCAAACAGGUGGUUCUUAGCAAUGGCACAACCCUGCGUGUGAAGCUGAGUGUCACCCCAUUAACCAGAGGCAACAGAAAAGAUCGGGACAUUGGGAUAUCUCAUAAUGAGCAAGAUCAAAUGGAGGGAACAAUACGGUGUGCAGAAAGUCAUCAUGUUCAAAUUAGAAGCCAGAUGGGUGAUCUAGACAAAAAGCACUACCCUGUUGAUGAAAACACAGAACGUAGGAACCACUAUCUUGAUCUGGCUGGGACUGAGAAUUACACCUCAAGAUUUGAUGCUGAACAAUCUGCUGAGGAGCAGCGACGGGACAGCCCAUUCCGUGGCCAUCACCGUUGCUCUCAGACCGAGACCUCAAGCCCUGUGGAAUAUUCUGGGAGGUCCAUUUCUUUCCUCAGGUCACUCCGCAACCGCAGCAAGUCUGUCGGUGGCAGUGGAGCUACAGCCAAACCCAGCAAGCUCCAUGGGCAUCACCCUGUCAACUGGUGCCAUCCAUCCCAGCAGCAAACGCAGCCUCCUAUGCUGCACAGCUCCAGCAAACGCAUCCGUGCCAGGGCCCGUGAGACCACAUCACCUUCCAAAGGCAACCAGGGCUUGGACAGAGAGUUGCAGCCUGGGCCAGCUGUCCCUGCUUGUGGCUUUAUGUCCAUUCCUCAAAGGCACGAGCACCAUCAUCACCAUGAGCAUCAUCAUCACCAUCAUCAUCAUCACCAUUACCACUCAGCAUAAGAGGUCUGAAAGAGUGUAGGUCAUGGGAGUGUCAGUGAGUGGAACAAAAUGAGUAACUUAGUAGCAAAUUCUGGACUUCUUGAAGGUGGCAUUAGUUUUCUUCUCUACAAAGAGGAACUGUAAUCAAUCCGUCGCUGCAUUUGCACCCAUUAUGUUUGUAUGUGCUUCCCUCUUGUGGUUCUCAAUGGAAUUGUCAAGGCUGAAUUGUGAAAUUUCUGUGCCACAGAAUGGAAUUGCAAAAAUAAACUUUUAUAAUGUAAAAGUUUAAUAAGGCUUCUGCUGAUCGCACAAACAAGAUAGUCGCACUUCCAAACUCACGCCAUUGGUUGUGUCAUUGUUGAUGCGUCAGGCUGAACGGGUCGAUCAAAACAGAGAAUCUCUUUAUGGUGAGACAUAACAAAAACAUAAAACAAGGUGCCUUUUGACCAAUGAUUUUCCAUGAUUUUCCCAUGACUUUUCCAAGAUUUGUAUUCCUGAGUUGUU